AUGAUGUACGAGGAACCAAAAGAGGAUUCAUUAAAAGUUGAAAAACCUGGUUACUUUCAAUCUAUGUAUCGGUCGAUUAUGGGUAUCUAUCAAUGGGGCAAGGAUCCUUAUUGCACUUCCUUGGCUAGAGCAUUGGAGAUUUGUGGUGAUUCCAUCCAUACCAAACAAUCAGACCAAUGUGAUCCAGUGAUCAUACUGUUUACCACCAAUGUAUCGAUUCUUUUGAAUGCCGCUGUCAUCAACUCUAUCCAAACCCUAAUGGCAAAAGGAAUUUCUCUCAACAUUGUCAACAUGCACCCCAAGGAUAGUCUCAUACCAAGUACAGAGGCUAUUCUAGUCAAGCAAUUCAACGAAUUCUCAUUCACCAAGUUAGAAAUGGACUUGUUUCAAGACCACAACAAUGCCAAUAACAACAGAGAAGUAUCAGUUGGUGUAACCCUUCCUAUUGACACCGUCCCCCAGACUCUUCAAGACGAUGUCCGAAUCGUGUUUAAUCUUAGACCUCUCAAGUCGAAAUUGGAACCAGGCUACACUAUCCAAAUAGCCAAGAACCAUUUCUAUGAAGGAUUGGCUUACAAAAUCGAAAAAGAUGUCCCAAUUGGCGAGGGAGAAGGAUUCAAGAUUCCAUUGACCCUUCUCCGAUCAUUUGACAGAAGUGGUGGUGAUAAUGAAAUGCCACCCCAUGAAAUCAAAUUUAGUAUUAUUUCACCAGCACACAUUGUUGUUUCUAGUGGCUAUUUUGGUAUUCCUACUGGGGAAUUUGGUAUCACAAAAGAUGGAGAGAAUAAGGUUGAUAUAAAAGCUGCUCUCGAUGGUGAACAAGGUGUUGGUAAGUCAGCGGCUACCAAUCAAGUGGUAAACGUGUUUGUGACUGGACCAGUAGUUCAUCCAGUUUUAACUUCAAACGCAACAGAUUCACAUACCACAAAAUGCAUUCAAUUUUAUAAUAUCAAAAGUUAUCUUGCCCAAUAUUUAGAGGAUAGUCCACAUCGCGAUCUAGACUUGUUCAAAAUCAUUAAAAAGUCAUUGAAUGUCUUGUUGGUCGACAAACAAGGUAUUUCUCGAUCAGCCACUAAAAUCAGUUAUGCUAAUCUAUUGGCAGGAAAGUAUAUUCACGGAAGCAACGAGGAGAAGCCUGCCAAUAGAGAAUGUGCAGUCCAUAGCAUCGUGUAUGUAGCCUCUAUCAAAUCAUUUGUAAGUGGUAACUUUGAGGAAACCCUAGCAAGAAUUAAGGAAAUUAAGGAAGAAGGUAUUGAACCAAUUAUUGCUAUCACCUUUUCAGAUAAGCUGGAAAGAUCGGAAAUGGAAGGUCCAAAACAAAAUAUAGCCAAGCUGGGUCAUGCCCCCAACAUUAUCUACCUCAAAAAUUAUGUCGAGGGUGCCACAGAGAGAUCCAUUGAAAAGGAUUAUGCCUCUUUCCGUUUGUUGUUGAGAAUCAAGACUGUUACCAUGAACAAAUUACGUUUAUUAAAGAUGGAUGCCGAAACUAAACAAAAUCAAGGCCCUAAACUCAUAGAUGGACUCACAAAAAGAGAAUAA